AAUGGCGGCAUGUACUAGACAAGAAAACAAGGCGAUUACUCUGAAGGGAAGCGCUGAAUUAGUCACAGAAUUCUUUGGUAAUUUUCUUUUCGUUAAGUUUUGAUUUAGAAAUUCUCUCCUUUUGAAGCUUUAAAUAUUUUUUUUACGUUUAUUUACAGGUUACGGGAUAAACAAGUGAGUUUCUAUGGCGUGUUUCUUAUCGAUAAGCUUAUGAAGUAUUGUUGUUUACCAGUUGACAUGUUUAAAAUGUUGAUUUGAGGACAUCACAGAGGACGGAAUGACAAGUGUAUUGCUCACGUUUUGCUUUCCUUAGAGUUUUUUUUAACAGUGAACCUGUGGAAAUUUUGCAUAUAGCUAAGUUAGGAUUUAAAAAGAGGAUGUCGAUUAUCUUAAGUAAGCUAGAUUAUUACAUGGCUUAUACUGUAAGUUUAUUGUAGUUUAUUUGAAUCCUACAAAACUUCUUUAAUCUACUUAAAACAUCAAGAAUGCUCACAGAAACUGCGUGGGAUAAGUUAUUUUGAUUGCCUUUUUAUUUGAAUGAUUGCUGAUAAAAAGAUGUACAGGUCAGAGUGCAGAGAUUACCGGUACUAACUCCCUGAAUCGACUUAUUUAGCUAGGAUAAGCUUGCAAUUAUUGCACUUGUGUAUUAUUUCAUAAGUUCUUAAUUUACUACUGGUCUUUUUGUUCUGCUUUAGCAUUUUGUAUCAAAGAGGUAUCUAUCCAGCUGAUUCUUUCAAGAGAGAGCAAUUUUAUGAUUUGACCUUAUUCGUCAGUGACGACAAGGAUCUUCAAGAUUACCUGUCCAAGGUUUUACAACAGCUCAAAGGUAGGCAGAAAAAUUGAAAAAAAUAUUUGUAAUCAGACUGGUUGAAAUGAAAUAAGUAGUGUAGAGGGUGCUAAAGGCUGCACUGAUUGUGACAUUUUAUAAUUACCGAUAGGUGGAGGCUCAUUACUGUCAAGGGGUGAGUGUGUUUUUAGGGGAGUGGGGUUGGGGGACACUCUGUCUCGGAAAAUUUUCAAAGUGAAGGCUUCUUUGGCUCAGUUGUAAACUCUUUUUUGAGAAAAAUUUUGUUGCUUAGAGUUAGGGUUAGUAAUCAAGCAAUCUUAAAGCUAAUUUAUAAGGUGAAACAGUCUUUGCCUUCACUGCACUCCUUACUCCUAUGAAGGGCCCUGGUAAUUUUUUAUACACACAGACCUUGUGGCAACAUUACUUCAUGUUCCCCUCUGAAAGGAGAAUGGCUGAUUGUAGGUUGCCAUGAAAUCUGAGUUUUUUCUUUCUUUCAGACUGGCUUGAGGACAAUAGCCUCCAGCGGGUUGUCAUGGUGAUAAGCGAAGUAGACACUGAUGAAGUCAUAGAGAGAUGGCAGUUUGAUAUUCAGUGUGAAAAGAAUGAGCAAACAGAAAACAAGAAAGGAGCAGGGUUUGUGACUACCAUGCUGGAAUGUUUCAAAAUUCUUUCUGUAACUACCUCACUUGCAUAAUUACACUGAUACACACUGAAAAACCUUACCUCUUUCGUAAAGAUUCAUAAAGAUUAAAUACAUAUGAUUUCUGUGAUGAUAGGAUUUAUAUACUUAUUCCAGACUCUUGAUUAGGAAAAACAACUAAAUAGCAGGCAUAUGAACCUUGGCAAUAGUUAAGGGUGAGGUUUGAGCAUAAGUGGGUGACAAGCUGUACAGUCGACACAGUAUGGAAGUUUUGGAUGUUUUAUCAGUCUGAUGUGUUUCCUCAUUUACAUAGCUGUCAUGUAGGGCUCAGGCUUCACGGUACUGUCUCACAACUUUUGGUCUGUUUUUAUUGUUUUUUUGUCUCCAGGCGGGGCUACUUCUUAAGGCGGUUAAACCCCUUCAACCCUCAAGUUUUUAUCAAGAUACAAUAUUGUCUCUCCAUCGCCAUUACAAACAGAAGAGCUCACCUGAAAGUUGACAGAGACAACUACAUUUGUGUGAAAAUUAUGUCUAAUUUUAUGUUUUUCAGUAAACCUCCAGCAUCAAAAAGCAAGAAAGACAUUCAAAGAGAAAUGAGAGAUGUGAUCAGACAAAUUACAGCCAGUGUUACUUUCCUUCCCUUUCUUGAGAAGCGAUGUAAGUGUUAUUCAAUUUUUUUUUUAGUUUGAGGGCAGUGCAUUGUUUUGUUUGUGAAAAUUAUGGUAAUUUUUAACUGCAAUCAAUUGUUUGUGUGCUUGUUUGUUUUGUUGUUUUCAGGUGCAUUUGACCUACUGGCUUACACUAACAGAGAUCAAGAGAUUCCUGAAACAUGGGAAGAGUCGCAAGCAAGGAUCAUCGCAAAUUCACAAGAAGUGCGAUUAAGGUCCUUCUCAACAUCUGUUCAUAAAGUGGAUACAAUGGUGUCUUACAAAGGAGAGGAUUGAUGCAAACAAGAUGACAUUGCUUGUCCAGCACACAACAGCUGUACCAAAGUACAUGUGUGAGAAGGAAUCCACACUCAUUCUACAAGGAUACUUUUUUACUUUAUCAAACUACAAGUUCCUCAAGAGGUUCAGCCCAGCAUGACCAGUAUAACCUUGUAAAAAAAAGAAAAGUGGCAAACAAGAGAGAAUAUAUCAGGGAAAUUGCUCUUACAAGUUCCAAAGAUUACUUCCUCACAAGGAAAAAUGACUUAAUGUCAAUGAUGAAAUUCAUAUCAAGUAGUUUUGGUCUAUAAAUAUUGACAUUAUGAUUUCAGUAAAGGUAUAUAUAUCAGUUUGUCACUUGUGGGUGAUUCUGAAAGAAUUUAGAUAGGUGGCCACAGAUGUUUUUAAAAGUGAAACUGAUAUGGACUUUUCCAUCCUUGAUAGUAGCACAAACGAAACUAGUAGACAUAAAUAAAUAUAUCAAAUGAAAGUCAGAGGUCAUUGUUCAAAAGUUCUGUUUUUGUGACCAGUAGCACUUUCUUCAAGAAAAAUUAAUAAAUUGCAUUUGUAUUCUUAGGGUUCAGUUUUUCAUCAUUUAUAUUUUGAUAUUAAUUUUUUUUUGGCCUGUAAUGAGUUUUGUUGGGUAUAUUGAGGCUAGGGUGUCCAUUGUCUCUUUUAAAAAGAUAAAUUAU